AUGUUGAAACACGUACAAAUCUUACCGCUUCGCAAUCGCUCCGAUUCGGUUUCACUACGUUCAUCCUGCGCUUCAUCGAAAUGAGGCAGCCCGGAGCCGCCAACUGAGCUGCAGCGUACGCCCUCACGCGCAUCCAGCUAUUCAAGCUUGAGUGAACAAUUGCCACAGGUGAGUUGGAAAGAGAGUGUAGAAGUUUUUUUUCAUCUUUUCUAUCUCUCUAUGGAAGUAUCGGUGCGACGUGCUGGUGUUAAGACUAUACUUGUAUUAGACGAUGAUACACGACCGGCUAUAUUACAAGCCUGCCACCCGAAAGGCGAGUCAAGAUUCUGCUUGCAAUUAAAACCAGGUGGCUUGAUACGCGUACAUACCUCAGCGCUACAACCCUCGUCACAGUAUAAAUCUUUGGUUAUCUGUGAAACAAUUUUACUAAAUACUUUGCUUCUCCACCAGAUCUGCCCCGGUCAGGAAUAUCAACGCAAGCUGCAUCCCGACGACAUACCGCUGCGUGCUCAAUCCGAACGCUUGCGUCGUGGUGAAACCUGUCAUUUUCUUGUACGACGCAAUCCGAACUACAGUCGUCGUCGCCAAUUGUUAGCGACGCUCAAUGGUCUAACUAGCAGCAACAGCACUAACAACACCAACAGUAAUAAGUCUUUUGACGCGAAUAGCACCGUUUCCUCUUUGGAAGAUGACAGCAGUCUAAUCGAUAUCUCCAUAGAAUCACUUACCGACGACAUACACAGUUUAAUGGCGAGCGAUGAAGAUGAAGAUGGCGCCUCAUCCACCUCUGGCUCAUCGGACACAUCCUCUGAGGGUUCAACCGGUAUGCGACGCACACCUUCCACACUCUCUGUCGUACCGUUACAACCGCAAUUGAAGUCAAAAGCCGCCGCCACCGAUGUGUGUCCGAAGUGCCGCAAUACAUUUAAAUCAUGCGAAUUUUGUCAUAAAAAUUCGUCAAUGAUCUUGCAACUGCAGCGUUCGAACAGCACCUCGAGUGGUAGUAGUUGUUCGACCACUAAAGCUCUACAAAUGCAUCUGCCCAGUUACAGUCCCGUUUAUAAUAUACGUGAAAUACGCACAGCGACGCAUAGUUUCUCAGCGCUGGGCAAUGAUAAGAAGUUGCUGGAUAUACAGUUGAAUGGACGCUUCGAUACGAGCGCUUGCACGCGACUACGUCCACAAAGCGUUUGCGUGGCGCGCUCCACGCGCAUGCUCACCGACGGCAAUGGCAACAGCAAUGCGGAGGAGAGCGCGACGUCAGCGCAGAGCACGAAUGAUUUGAAUGGCAAUAAUAUUGUGGCUGCUACGUCUUCGAUGUCCGCGGCAGCGUCUACAGUUGGCGGCGAGAUGGUCAACAAUCAUCCAGCCAAGGGUGUGGGGCAUUUCGUUUAUUUGUAGAUAGAUAGCGCUUGGGUUAAAGUGUGUGUAGAGUUGCAUUGUUUAUUCUUCACAUAGGCUAGUCAACGAAAAGAAAGUUAAAGCGUUCGGAAUUUUAUUUUUUUUGCGUAAAGUACGUAAACUGAAUAAUUUGAGUUGUGUCAGUGAGACGUUGUAGAGAGCAGCUGAUAAUGAGAGAGUAGGAAGAAUGAGAGACUGUGCGAGGGAUAUAUUGAAGAGUUGAAAAACUGAGGUCGAAGGUUACUUGAUAGAUUUAUUUGAGAGUCGAUCCAGACGCAUUAAAAAAUAUUGAAAAUUGUAUUAAAAUGUAAUGAAAUAUUUAAUGAAAAGUUCUUAGCGUAAAGAAACGAACAUUAUUAUCGAAAAUUUUUAAUUUUUUUCAAAUCAAUUUUUUUUUUUAAUUAUCGCCAAAAUUAUAUCAUUGUACAGUCCAAAAUGUCUUGAACCAGCCAACAAAUUUUUAAGCAAAAAUUCUAAGUGUCUCCAUUUUAAUGCCUGUAUGUGUAAAAUUUUGUAAUAAACUU